CGCUAUUAAAGGGCAAAGGCCAUUCGCGAGGGGAGGAAAACUACGCGAGGGUAAGCCGAGGAAGGGCAAAGGCUUGGACUUGGAGUUGGAGGGAGUCAGUGAGAGACGCCUUUGGCCAUUGUUUCUGGUGAGCUGGGGAGUUGAAUCGGAUGGGAAGGGAGGGGGAGGAGCACGGCGCUGCCAUGGCUGGACGUGCGGCGGCGGCGGCGGCGGCGAGGGAGAAGUCCAGCUUCGCCGUCACAUGCAGCUUGCUGAGCCAGUACCUCAAGGAGAAGAAGUGCGGCCUGCAGGGCCUCGGCCUUGGCGUGGCACCGCCGGCUUCAGCAGGAGUUUUCCGGCCGCCGACCACCAUGAACCUGCUGUCAUCGCUCGACUCGCCGGCCGAGGAGCCAAACGACGCCGCAAAGACCACGGCCGAGCCGCGCCCUUCAGACUCUGUCGAGCUAUCCCUGGAGAAAGCCACCACGGAGCCGCAUGUACUCGUGGCCCCGACCGCUCAACAGAACGGCGAACAACCAAGGGAGGUAGUCGGAGACGAGACGCAGCAAUUGACCAUCUUCUACGGUGGGAAAGUGGUCGUCUUUGACAACUUCCCGCCCACCAAGGUCAAGGAUUUGCUGCAAAUCGUGCACACUGGAGACGGCGUGAACAAGGCCAGCGGCAGCGCAGCACCACAGAACCUGCCUACGCCUUCACAGAACAGUCUCUCCGAUUGGUUUCACAACCUCGCGAAAAACCGGCUGAUCGGCUCAUCUCUGAGAUUCAAGAUGAAACCUGCCGAUAGCGAGGAGGAAUUCGCUUCACAGGUUCCUUGAGAAGAGAAAGGGCAGGAUCAUCGCAAAGGCGCCUUAUCAAGUUAACAACUCUGUGGAGGCGUCCAAGCAAGCGAACGGUGAGAAAUCUUGGCUCGGGCUAGGCCAGGAAGUGAAAACUAAGCAGGAGAUAUGAGCCAGGCAGCAAAUAAAGAUAACAAGAUCAGUAGAGAUUCAUGGAUGGUGCUCGUAGUUUCAGCUUAAGGAAAGAAUAAUUCACUGUCGGUUACACAGUUUUACUAGUAAGAAGUUAGGAAUUACGUGGCUGGUGGUGAUUCUUCUUGGCCAUUAGCAUACAUUGAUACAUACAUGCAGCCGUUCGUUCGUCGCAAGAUUGUUUGCUGCUGGAGUUGUGUGCUCACAGCAGUUUCGCUGUUUGGGUCUGUGACUGCAUUGUAUUGCAACGGAUGGUUGCCUUCCUCGACAUGUUAUGGAACAUUGUGUGUGUAGUGCACUGAAACUCUAUGUGACUGUUUUAUUUCA